AUGGCAGAGGAAGCGGUUGAGACGAGAGAAACGGAAAUAACAGUGGAGGGGAAGAACAUGCAAGAGCGAAAGAUAUCAUGGCCAAAGCUGCGCCGGGUGGACUCCUUGAAUUUAGAGGCUGGAAGAGUUUCCACCUUGCAAACUCAUGCCUCCAAGGUGAGUUGGAAGAGGACGUUAAGUUUAGCAUUUCAGAGUCUAGGGGUGAUAUACGGUGACAUAGGGACGUCACCACUUUAUGUGUUCUCCAGUACCUUCACUAAUGGUAGUAUUGAGCACCAAGAUGACACUAUUGGAGUGUUGUCCCUCAUCAUCUACACCAUAGCGCUCCUACCCAUGCUCAAGUAUAUCUUUAUUGUCUUGAGGGCAAAUGACAACGGCGAUGGUGGAACAUUUGCGCUCUAUUCAUUGAUAUGCCGGUAUGCAAAGGUGAGCCUGAUCCCAAAUCAGCAGCCAGAGGACAGGGGGCUGUCCAACUACAGGCUUGAAACACCAUCCAACCAGUUGAGACGGGCUUCUAAGAUUAAGGAGAAGCUUGAGAAUACUAAAACUGCACAAGUUUUGCUUUUCCUUGUCACCAUCAUGGGAACUUCCAUGGUGAUUGGAGAUGGGGUUCUUACUCCAUCCAUUUCAGUUCUUUCUGCGGUAGGUGGGAUAAACUCGCUGGGCAAAAAUGCUGUUGUGGGGGUUUCGGUAGCAAUCUUGAUUGUUCUCUUCUCGGUUCAACGAUUUGGGACCGACAAAGUAGGAUUUUCGUUUGCCCCAAUCAUCUUCGUGUGGUUUUUGUUCAUCGGUGGCAUCGGUCUUUAUAACUUGUUCAAAUAUGACCUGGGCGUAUUACGCGCUUUCAAUCCAGCAUACAUCAUAACUUACCUCAAAAGAAAUAGGAAACAAGGAUGGAUUUCCCUUGGUGGAGUUUUUCUGUGCAUAACAGGGACCGAGGCCAUGUUUGCUGAUCUGGGUCACUUCAAUGUUCGCGCAGUCCAAAUCAGUUUCUCUUCUAUUACGUUUCCUGCAUUAAUAGCUGCAUAUAGUGGGCAAGCAGCAUACCUCAGAAAAUUCCCUGGGAGCGUAUCUAAUACUUUCUACGACUCCAUACCAGACCCAAUAUAUUGGCCAACAUUCGUUGUGGCUGUAGCUGCUGCCAUUAUUGCCAGCCAAGCUAUGAUAUCUGGGGCCUUUGCAAUUCUCUCCCAGUCCCAAAGUCUGGGUUGUUUUCCAAGGCUUAAGAUUGUCCAUACCUCUGCUAAGUAUGAAGGUCAGGUGUACAUACCCGAGGCCAACUACACUCUCAUGAUUGCUUGCGUCAUAGUCACACUCGCCUUCAAGACUACUGAUAAGAUCGGGAAUGCAUACGGAAUUGCUGUGGUUUCUGUAAUGUUAAUCACCACAAGCAUGCUUACUCUAAUAAUGCUAGUUAUCUGGAAGACAAGCAUAUGGUGGAUUGCUCUCUUCUUUGUGGUGUUUGGUUCCAUAGAGGGGGUAUAUCUAUCAGCUGUGCUCUACAAGUUCACACAAGGUGGAUUCCUUCCAUUGGUCUUUGCUUUUGUCCUAAUGACAAUUAUGGCGAUUUGGCAUUAUGUACACGUAGAGAGAUACACGUUUGAGCUCAGGAACAAGGUUUCUAGAGAUUUCAUUGAAAAAUUGGCCACCAACCCAGAUAUAAACCGGGUGCCAGGGAUUGGACUCCUAUACUCUGAGCUUGUACAGGGAAUUCCUCCAAUAUUUCCUCACUUCAUCUCCAAUAUACCAUCCAUCCACUCUGUUCUAGUGUUUGUCUCCAUUAAGCCCAUUCCGAUUAGCAAAGUUGCGCUGGAAGAGAGGUUUCUGUUCCGACAGGUUGAGCCAAGGGACUAUCACAUGUUCCGCUGCGUGGUGAGGUAUGGCUACAAUGAUGUGGUCGAGGAACCCAAGGAAUUUGAGCGCCAAUUAGUGGAAGAGUUAAAACAAUUCGUCCACCAUCAACACUUCAUGCUUGAGGUUGAGGGGGGGACGACUACUACUACUGAUCACCAAAUGGGUGAGCCGCAGAAAGAUGGAAAACCAACAACUCUUCACGUAGUUGAGGAAUUACUACAACAGCAGCCUAACCCAUCUCGCAUUUCAACGGGUUCUAAUUCAAUAGUACGGUCAGUCAAUGUGGCCAAGUCGACAAAUUCUUCUAACACAGUUAAUAUCUCUGUUCCGAUCCAGGGAGUGGAAGAGGAGAUUAAGUUCGUGCAGAAAGCGAUGGAGAGUGGUGUGGUUUAUCUCCUGGGAGAAGCAGAAGUGGUGGCAGAACAGAAAUCAUCCCUGUUCAAGAAGAUAGUUGUCAACUAUGCCUAUAAUUUCUUGAGAAAAAAUUUUAGGCAAGGGGAGAAAGUACUGUCCAUUCCGCAUACUAGGCUUCUCAGAGUUGGAAUGACAUAUGAGAUAUGA